AUGAUCUGUGAACCACCAACACAAAUAACUACUUUCCAAAUUCAAAAGAAAGGAAAAAAGGAUAGAACAUGCAUUACCCCAUUAGAAAAAAGAAUUCCUAUUUUAAAAGCCUCCAGAGAAACACGGAAUUUCCAAACACUUCAACAAUCAUUAUGUGUAUGUCUACUUUCUGAAUUUUGUGAUAUUACUAUUAAACAACCAGCUAAAAAAAGUAUUGUUACUCAACAAUAUAUGAGACUAAAAUCUCUCGAUUUUGGAAAUGGAGAAGUUAUUUUUCUUAGUGAGUAUUUAAAAAGAAGAUGUUUAGAGUUGAAACAAGACGAUAUUGAUCAUGAUGUUUCUAUUAAAACGGCCACAAGAAGAUUUCAAAAUAAUAAAAGAAUUGAACUCCUUCAUUUACUUAUUGACUUAUUAAUCAUUCGUGGAGGAUAUGAAUUUGAAAGUAAAUAUGCAGAAGGGAAAGCAGGGAUUAAUAAACAAGAAUCUAUCAAAAAAGUUAUUCGCGAUGACAGGAUUAUUAUUGAAGGAGACCGUUUAAUUGAAAAGGCAGAAGAAGUUAAUAUGGUUAUUUCAAGACGACUAGCAAUGACAAAGAAAGAAUUAAUUAUUAGAAAAGGUGACCCUAUCAUUCAAACUCUCUUCGAGUAA